UUGUUUCUCUGAAGAACUACAAUCCCAUGAUGCCCUGCGCCGUCCGUUGCCUGGAUACAGGAGUCAGGAGCUAACGUUGGCUAACAGACUUUGACGCAGAUAAACUUGUUCUGACCGUCAGAGAGAAAUAAAAUAAAAAACACCGAGAGUCAGUUUAGGUUUUUUAAAAACUCUUAUCCGGUAAACCGGAUUUACUGUUUCGAUUUUACCCGGUAAACCGCUAAACGGGACGCUUUCAACCGUCCGCUGCUUCGGUUUGUCGUUAGCUGUUUGAUGCUAGGUGGCUAACUCUCGUAGGUACGCGGAGGUGAAGGGGCUAACGGCUCCGGUUGAUCCGGUGUCCUGGUGCCAUGGAGCGGGCUGACCGGGGCAGAGACAGCCGGCUGCUGAAGAACCAGUCAUACGACGAGAGCCUGGAGGUCCACGACCCGGAGGAGGUGGCGAGCGUCUACAGCCCGACGCCCCGCAGCCAGCGCCAGAGCGAGUCGCAGCGCAGCAGGAAGGGGCGGGGCCUGAUGUCGGCGCACAGUGACAAGUUUGACGAGGACCAGAAGCCUCAUAGGAGCAACGAGCCAAUCAGCAGACAGCAGGCGGCUGUCAGUCCUGAGGAGGAGGAAGAGGAGGAGGAGGAGGAGGAGGACUCUGAUGAGGAGGACUCUGAUGAGGAGGAGGACGAGCCUGGUGAGGCUCCAGAGGGCGCCUACGACCCCGCAGACUAUGCCAACCUGCCCGUCAGCACCGAGAUCAAAGAACUGUUCCAGCACAUCACACGUUACAGUCCUCAGUCCAUCGAGCUGGAUCACAGUCUGAAGCCUUUUAUUCCAGACUUCAUCCCUGCUGUGGGAGACAUUGACGCCUUCCUCAAGGUGCCGCGGCCGGACGGGACCGGGGACAGUCUGGGUCUGCUGAUUCUGGACGAGCCCAGCGUGAAGCAGUCAGACCCCACAGUGAUGUCACUGAUCCUAUCAGAGGAGAGCAAGCAGCACGGAGCAGCAGAGCUUAAGAAGGUGACGAGCAUCCCCAGUCCUCAGUCCAACCCCCGCGCGGUGGACAACUGGGUGGACAGCAUCAGCGCCCUGCACCGGUCCAAGCCGGCGGCCAGCGUGCAAUACGGCCGCGCCAUGCCGGACAUCGACAGCCUGAUGCAGGAGUGGCCGGUGGAGCUGGAGGAGCUGCUGGAACGCCUGGCGCUGCCGCCCGCGCGCCUCAGCUGCAGCCUCACAGACUACACCAACGCCGUCUGUGCCCUGCUGGACAUCCCUGUCCACGCCAGCCGCGUCCAGUCCCUGCACCUGCUCUUCAGCCUCUACCUCGAGUUCAGAGACUCCCAGCACUUCACACGCAGGACCUAGAGACAGACAGGAGACAGGGACAGACAGGAGGACUCAGAGACAGACAGGAGGACGCAGGGACAGAAAGGCGGACACAGGGACAGACAGGAGGACACAGGGACAGACAGCAGGACACAGAGACAGACAGGAGACAGGGACAGACAGGAGGACACAGGGCCAGACAGAAGGACACAGGGACAGACAGGAGAUAGGGACAGACAGGAGGACAUAGAGACAGACUGGAGACAGGGACAGACAGGAGGACUCAGAGACAGACAGCAGGACACAGAGACAGACAGGAGAUGGGGACAGACAGGAGGACACAGGGCCAGACAGCAGGACACAGAGACAGACUGUAGACAGGGACAGACAGGAGGACUCAGAGACAGAUAGGAGGACGCAGGGACAGACAGGAGGAUACAGAGACAGAGACGGUUUAGUUUCACAUAAAAUUCCAGUUUGAACACGCUUCUCUAUUUGUUGCACUUUUCUUUCAAAUAAAGGAACAAAUCUCAGUUUAACAAUAAGAAAA